CUUGGUGGCACUGUUGACCUAUUUAGCGAAUACUUGUGCUUUGUUUUAAAAUAAUAAUAAUUCUUAACUAGGCAAGUCGGCCACAUUCUUAUUUACAAAAUAGCCUCCAACACUCUACUCAACAAACCGGAUGCAGUCUAUCACAGUGCCAUCCGUUUUGUCACCAAAGCCCCAUAUACCACCCACCACUGCGACUUGUACGCUCUCCUUGGCUGGCCCUCGCUUCAUACUCGUCGCCAAACCCACUAGCUACAGGUUAACUACAAGACUCUGCUACGUAAAGCCCUGCCUUAUCUCGGCUCGCUGGUCACCAUAGCAGCACAUGCUCCAGCAGGUCUAUUACACUGGUCACCCCCAGGACAAAUACCUCCUUUGCCCGCCUCUCCUUCCAGUUCCAAUGACUGGAACGAACUGCAAAAAUCUCUCAAACUGGACACACUUAUCUCCCUCACCAGCUUUAAGCACCAGCUGUCAGAGCAGCGCACAGAUCACUGCACCUGUACAUAACCCAAGAAUGACCUCAAACCCUACUGUAUUUAUUUAUUAUGCUGCUUACACCCCAGUAUUUCUACUUUGCACAUUCACCUACUGCAAAUCUACAAUUCCAGUGUUUAUAAUUGCUAUAUUUACUUUGCCACCGUGGCCUUUUUGUUGCCUUUUACCUCCCUUAUUUCGCCUAAUUUGCUCACAUUGUAUAUAUAGCCUUGUUUUUGUACUGUAUUAUUGACUGUAUGUUUUGUUCAUUCCAUGUGUAACUCUGUGUUCUACGUGUCGUACUGCUUUGCUUUAUCUCGGCCAGGUCGCAAUUGUAAAAGAGACCUUGUUCUCAACUAGCCUACCUGGUUAAAUAAAGGUAAAAUAACCCGUAACCCGGACUGCGCUGGGCCAAUUGUGCGCCGCAAAAUACCUCUUUCCUCUUCGCCGCACACUUCUGGUAAUAGCCCCUUAACCUACAUUAGGCGCACCGGUACUGGUCGACAACGUGCCUGUCCAUAUGCGCGCGUUAGGCUAAAUACCGUCCGUUUUAUUUAUUUGACAUAUUCUAUCAAUUUACAUUCUCGGACAAAUCAAAGGUUUUUAUAAUAAAAUAAUUAUAGUGAUCGCUUGAGAUUUGUAAAUUGAAAGUCUAAAAAACGUACAUUUUCUAGCACGUGCAUGAAUAGGUAGGUAAGGUAUACACUGAGGGCUUCCUUUUAUGAGAGGACAGGCAGGUACAAUUGGAUAACAGGGUGUAAAUAACCUGCCGUCGUCCCUGGCUUGCUGCUGGACUGAUCACACUGGAGGCUACGGAAUGUCAAAAAUAAUGACAUUAGGAUGUCCUCUCAUUGAAUACUAGGCAUAGCCAAUAUAUUAUCUGCCAUGGAAUUCACACUGCAGUAUAGGUUCUUCCUCUAUUGAAAGGUGUGGCCAUGAAUCAUUGGGAGGCAACAUACAUAAUUGCACCAGUAGGAAACAGUUCUUUUCCAACUGUGCGCCCAAAGCAGUAGACUGGGAUACAGAGGUCACAAGCAGAGAAGCAGCGACACCUUCAGCUUACUGGACACGUUUAACUCGGAAUAGAUCGUACCGUGGAAUUUAUAUCAAAAGGAUUUACGCCUCGUUCUGAGUGUAUUUUCGCUAACUCAAAAGAAAAACAGCGAUGAAUAUUUAUCUCAGAUUUGCAAUUUUUAUCGUUUAUGGAUCAGUGUCUUUCAGGAUAUCAAGUGGUACCUCUGCCAAUACCAUUGACAGGCACGGGGAUAAGUCUCCUGUCCAAUUAGCUGUGGUCAGUCUCCUCCACAAUGAUAAGGAAAUAAGAGACAAUCAGCUAGAAUAUGACGAGGAGGUAUACUACUAUGAACAUGGUGAUGAAGACUAUCUGUCUGGCGAUUAUGAAAUGGACUUUCCAAAAGUGGCAUUUUCCACCAAGCCAAAGGAUCUGCCCGUAGCUCCUUACACAGACAGGACAAGGGAGGGCAAGAGAAAAGGAAAGGGUAAGAAGAGGAACCCCUGUCUGAGGAAGUAUAAAGACUACUGCAUUCAUGGGGUCUGCCAAUACCUGAGAGAACUACGAGAGCCAUCCUGCAUAUGUUUGAUUGGAUACUCUGGUGAGCGCUGUCACCUUUUCACCCUGCCAGUCACAAAGGAGGCAGAAGUCUACAACAGGACAAUAGCACUGUCUGUGGUGGCAGUGGUUGUGUCCUUUCUGUGUCUGACAGUCAUCGCCAUAUUAAUGGCCAUCAGGUAUCAUAAGCAAGGUCAAUACAACCUUGAAAAUGAGGAGAAGGUCAAGCUUGAGGCGGUCGCAUAUCCUUGAGAAUUUAGUGACAGACUCGGAGGAUGACAAUUCUACCUCAGUUCAUUUUAAGAUGAAGUUCAUCCCCAAGAGGAACCUGUGGCGAUGUAGGGGGAGAUGGAUUAUGUUUACCACGUAGGACACCUGCCCGGCAUGGUCUGACAGACCUCCUGAAAGACAGUCCGGAUAGCAAACCAUGAUUAUAUGCGUGGGCCAUUUCCCAAUUGGAACAGAAAUCUCCAUUAACUAAUUGGAGCACACUAUAACUUGCCUGAAGUCAUUUUACAUGACACGGAGGAAUUAAAACAGACCGAGGAGAGAAUUUAGGGAAUUUAGAUUGUUGUCAGUUGGUGUCACUACCAACGUGCCGCUCAUCCCUCAAGCUAUCUGACGUACAGUAUGACAAUAGGGAAUUUAUUGUGGGCUCUCAGCUGUGUGGAGUUUUCCUUCUCCAUCUGAAAUGUUCCAUUAUUUGUAGAAAAGGGUGCAAAGGGUGCCUAUGUUCCAUUAGGUCUUUGUAUGUGGUUUUUACCAGAAUUUCUCAUUGUAUUAUUGGUGUAUUGUAUCAAUCAGUCCUUUAACUAAUGUAUUUAUUUAAUACUUAAGCGGUACUUAUUCAGAUUUGUACUUGCUUUUUUAAUGUUCAGAGUGCACUGGCAGUUUGUUUGUAUGCUUCUGUAUUCUGUCAAAUUUAUGUUAAUAUGUAUUUAUAGUGUAAAACAACAUGCUGCUCAUGUUUUGAUCUAACAUUUUUGGUUAUACCAAAAAUAAUAAACCUAUAAAAAAUAAAUAAAAAAAAUGCAGAAGAAAUUCUGAAGGUGAAAGAGCAUUCAUUAUGUACUUCCUUCUAUUUCACUGAUUGAUAGAGUGAGGGUUGAACCAUCAAUGAUGAUAGAAAUUAAAUGUUUCGUAAAAAGAAAAUAGAGGAAUAAGGACAGAGUUUGAUGUAAACUGCAAUUUGAUGAAACAUCGACUUGAGAAAUGUUUUCAGAAUGAAAAUGGCAAAAAAAUAAAACGCAGCUUUUCAGUCAAAUUUA